GGCGUGCGGGUCUCAUUAGCGUCCAGGGUGAGGAGCGGACGGGAUGGACGUGUGGUGGGGGGCCCGGUGGUGGUGCGCACUUCCGCUGCUGCUGCUGCUGCGCGCGGCCGGGGUGGCCCCGGCCCUCAGCGUGGCACCGUGUGACCUAAAUGAAUACCAGCCGGAAGGCAGCAACCUCUGCUGCCAGAUGUGCCCUGCAGGCCAGUAUGUCUUGGAUCACUGCACUGUGAAUCACACGGCCCCUGUAUGCCAGGUCUGUGAACAUGGCACCUUCCUCCCCUUCCGCAGCGGGGAGACCAGUUGCCAGCCCUGUGUCCAGUGCCGGCUGGGAGAUCAAGAGGUCGUGGCCAAGUGUUCUCCCACCAGCAACGAGCAGUGCCGAUGCAAAGAGGGGAGCUUCUACUGCAAUUCCGUGAACUGCGUGGAGAACUGCCUCCGGUGUACAAGGUGUCCUGGCGCCAUCCUGUUGCCUUGCACCGCCACCAGUGACACGGUUUGUGCAGCAGACCCUGACCCAGGGUGUCCAGAAAACAAAUGUGGGUCUGAGUCCCCCCAACAGAAUGUGGCUGUUCCCGUCGUCAUCGGCAUCUUCCUCACCCUCGGCAUCGGCAUCGCCAUCGUUUACUGCUGUAAGAAGAAAGGCAAGUUAGCGUCAGGUGUGCGGGUUUCUUACCAGCCGCUCGUCAGACUCUUGAAGGGAAGGUCGGACGGGACAGGCAGCCUUCCGCGGAACAGCAGUCUGCAGCCUGAGACCGUGCGGCUGGAGAUGCCUGAGCGGGCGGGGCCGGUGCCGGGCACAGACACCCAGCCCGCGGAGGAGAGCCUGGCCCUGAUGCCCGAGGCCAGGCCCCAGCCACACCCCUCAGGGGAGCCCGAAGAAGGCCCCGAGCUCCAGGCGGGGGUGGUCGGCGGAAGCCCUGCAGCCCCAGAGCAGACGUUGGAAACUGCCGUUCCGGCCACUUCUGCUGCCCCCGCCCCCCCCGCCGCUCCCACUGCUCUGGGGCUCCAGGAAGGGACGCAGGUGUCCCUCUCGCUCAAGAGUUUAGAGGAGCGCUACAGGACGGAGUAUUUCCUCAGCGAUAAAUCCAGAGAAGUCACUGGGAGGAUCGACUGUGAAUUUGUAAAGGCGAACUUAGGAAAUGAUUGGAAGACGUUCAUCAGGUUAAUCGGUCUGGAGGAAACGGACAUUUACAGUUGCGAAUGUGAAAAUCCAGGCAAUGUGGCCGAGCAGCAUCAUCAGAUGCUCUUUACGUGGAGAAAGAAGCUGGGCAAGAAAGCUUCUGUUUUUAGACUCUUGGCGGCCCUCCAUAAAUUGGAGCUACAUAUGUAUUUGCAGAACAUUAUAAAUAAUCUAGUAGCGGAAGGUAUUUUAGGAAGGCUUGUAGAAAACCAUGAGACCUCAGAUUAGAGUGAAAUCUCGGGACUGGAUUGUGUCUUAGGACUCUAGAAGAUUUGUAUUUUAUUUUUGUUCAGUGUAUCUUAUUAUAAA